UGUUUUCCUAUGUGUUGCUGAUUCAUUUACAAAAAUUUAUAUAUCAAGGAAUAUACACAAGUAUAAAAAUAUACACAAAACAUGUAACAUACACAAAAAUAUGUGGUACACAGUUUCUACCUUGAAGAUGUUUAGUACUGAAACAGUGCAUGAAGUAUCCACAUUGAGAUAAUAUAAGGCAGAGCUGAGUUAAGCAUGCAAGGAACGGUGGGGAGUGCACCCUCAGCUUUGGCUGAAUGUGAAGCCCCAGCGAAUGCUGAAGGGUCAACAGCGUGUUUCCCAGGAAGGUGGUUGUUGAAUGUCUCUACUAAGAAUGUGGUGGUUAGGGGUCACUUUAGUUGCUCACAGGGCUUCCCCUUUAGGAGGUGCUGAGGACAAAUAGUUCCAGGAAUAUCUGGAGUUUUGGACUUAUUUUAAAUAGUAGCUUUAACACCUGGAAUUUUUAAUUAAAGUAGGGCUAACUAAUUCAUCAUCAACCAGACACCCACAAAGAUUUUCAAGAGCUUCUCAUCACUGUGCUCCCUGGCUUCUCACCCUAAUCAGCGUUUGCUGCUAUUCUCUUUCCAGAAAGGCCUGUGAGAGGGGAUGGACGUCCACAAUCUUAGCACGGUGGCUCAGUUUGUCCUCAUGGGGCUCUCCGACCUGCCCAAGGUGCGCUACCCUCUCUUUGUGGUCUUUGUCAUCAUCUACCAGAUCACCUUGGUGGGAAAUGGGGCCAUUCUCCUGGCCAUUGGAACAGAAAAAAAGCUGCACACUCCCAUGUACUACUUCCUGGCAAAUCUGUCCCUCAUAGACAUGUUCUGCUCAUCAACCACUGUCCCCAAGAUGCUGCAGAAUCUCUUGACCGAGGAGCGUGGCAUUUCUUUCAUUGGGUGUGCUUUGCAGCUGUACUUCCUGGUGGCUCUAGCUGGGACUGAAGUCUUCCUGCUGGCUGUCAUGGCCUAUGACCGGUAUGUGGCCAUCUGUUUCCCACUGCGUUACACCCUCCUCAUGACCAAGGUUCUCUGUGUCCAGCUGUCAUCUGGGACCUGGGCAGCGGGGUUUCUGAAUUCCUUCAUCCACACCAUGUCCACCUUCCAGCUGUCUUUCUGCAAGUCCAAUCUGGUUGACCAGUACUACUGUGACAUACCACAAAUUGUGGCCCUCUCAUGCUCGUCCACCUACAUGGCAGAAAUGCUUGCUUUAGUGAUCGGAGGUAUCUUUGGGAUCAGUGCCUUCCUGACCACCCUCAUCUCUUACAUCUACAUCAUCUCCUCCAUCCUCAGGAUCCAGUCGGUGGAAGGGAAGCGCAAAGCCUUCUCCACAUGUGCAUCCCACCUCCUUGUGGUCUGUUUGUUCUAUGGCACGGCCAUAUUUACCUACAUCCGCCCAUCUUCUGGCCGACACUCCCCUGCGAGAGACAGGCUCAUCUCUAUGCUCUAUGGGAUUAUCACCCCCAUGCUGAACCCCAUCAUCUACAGCCUGAGAAACACAGAGGUGAAAGGAGCACUCACAAGGGUUUUGUGUCAUAGAAUGCAUUCGCAGCAAGCACAGUAUUAAAACAGAAUGACCCAAUACUUAAUUCAUAGAAGGAACACUCUUCUGUUGACAUGUAAAAAUGCAUGCAUGUGUAGAAAUUUAUGGACACAGAUAUAACUUUGUUUUACCUAUCUGUAUCCCCCUAUCCAAUGAAGACUUAAAGUUUAUCAUGCAAAUUAGGCAGCUCUAAAAUUCUGAUGAUUAGGAACCAAAAAGUGGUCAGAAGAAGCCAGAUGAGGACUGUGAGGUGGACGUCUGAUGGUUUUCUAUGAGGGCCCCUGCAAAGGUGGCCAAGGUUGAUGAGAGGAAUCAUCAGAGCAUUGUGGUGGUGGAGAGGGACUCUCUGCUGAAGUGUUCUCAGAAUCUCCUCUGCUAAAACUUUGGUUAAUGUU